AUGAGUGAAAUAACAACAUCUACUACAAAUGAAAGUAGUAGUAAUAAUAGUAAUAAUAAUAAUAGUAGUAGUAGUGGUGGUGGUGAUAUGACACUCUUUCAAUUAUUUACAUACGGACAAAAGAUAUAUAACGAUUUACAGAGUUCUGAUGCACCUUCAACUAGUGAUGCCGACUAUCAGAGUAGUGUACGUUCUGCUAUACUCUACCUAAUGAAAUCAUCUCUCUCAAUAGAUAAACAAUCGUUGUUCUCAAAGAAUGAAGAAUUAGAUGAUAUUAGAACUGAUUUAUUAAAAUAUUUAUUAGUACCAUAUUAUUUAUCAGAGUUAUUUUUAUUAUUAGUUGAUACAAGUCGUUUAAAGAAUUUAAAGAAUGCAAAGAAUAAAGCAAUACAAUUCUUACAAAGAAUAGAAACAUUGGGUAUCAUUAGUCAAGAUGAUCAACAAAUCGUUACAAGAUUAACAGAUAACACAAAACAAUCAAACUCACAAGCAAAUAGAAGAAAUGAGUUGGUCAGUCGUGGUAAACGUGAAAAAGAAAUUAAACAAAAGUUAGCUUAUGUAAUUAAAAAACGAUUAGAUUUAAUUAAACAACAUGGUAAUAAAGAUAGUUUAGAUGAAGAGGUGUUGGAUUGUGGAGAUGAAGAGGUGGAAAGAGAAUUUGCUAUGCUCUUGUUGAAUGAAGCGAUCAUUAAAUCGGUGGCCAAUCUCGAGAUGUUGGAUACAGAGAUGACAAUGUUGGAGGAAAUCGAUAAGAUGAAGGCUGCGAACAACGGUGUCGUACCGAAACCACCACCACCCAAGCCAUCGGGUAUCGGUAACUUUAAGAUUCUACCGGAUGGCAGACAAAUCAUGUUGGACAAGGUAUUCAGACCCAGUCAUAUACUGCCAACGAUCUCUCCAGAGGAAGCUGCCGCUUGGGAAAUGCACAACGGUGGUAUGGUCAAAGGCAAGGGUGGCAAAGAAAGUGAAAAGAAAGGAAGCGAUGAUGAGGCCGAAGACGAUGGAAAAGAAGAAAAUCACGAUAAACUAAGAGAAAAGAGAGAUUGGGAUGAUUGGAAAGAUGAUAAUCCAAGAGGUUGGGGUAAUAUUAAAGGUUAA